AUGGCGACGUCUUGGGUGCCGAGACCUAUGGACUUCAAAGCCGGGCCUAUGGUAUGGAUCGACUGCGAGAUGACGGGUCUCGAUCCGAAGAAGGACAAAAUUAUGGAGAUUGCUGUUAUAAUCACGAAUGGUGACCUUCAAUUGGUUGACGAUGGCGUCGAAUACGUGGUGUACGUGGAAAAGGAAUCGCUCGACGGAAUGGACGAGUGGUGUACAAAUCAGCAUGGGAAGUCAGGCUUAACACAUGCAUGUCUAGCCUCUCCACACUCUCGCCAGUGGGUGGCUCAACAGGUCCUUGAGUACAUCAAAAAAUGGGUACCGGAACGACGCACGGCCGUCCUAGCUGGGAACUCUGUGCAUGCCGACCGGGCCUUUCUCGUCGAAGAGAUGCCUGAAGUUGUGGAUUGGCUUCACUACCGCAUCGUAGACGUGUCUUCAAUAAAGGAAGUAGUGCGCCGAUGGUAUCCCAAGGCCGGCUUGACCUAUCGAUACGCGGCAGCAGAUAGUCGGCAUCGGGCAUUGGAUGAUAUCAAGGGCUCUAUAAGAGAGCUACAAUGGUAUCGCGAGAAUGUAUUUGUCCCUGCGACUGCCCUCAAUUCGCCACCCACCCUAUCCACCGCGACGAAGGUUCUCGAAGAGUUGGACGGGGACGCGCUCAAAGUCCCGCCCAAGCCUAUGGAUUCCUCGUAUGCUAUCCGGACCCCUCGCUAG